AUGAUUGUUGGAUAAAAUAAUGAUGUAUUAAUUACUGGAGGUGAUGAAUAUAAUAUUUCAAGUUGGAAAUACAAAGAAAAUUAAAUGAAUUGGAUUUUUACAUAAUCUUUGAAGUAAAACACUUCAAAAAUUAAUUCAUUAUGUUUUAACUAAAAUGAUUCAUUAUUAGCAACUUGUAGUAAUGAUUUUACAUUUUGUAUUUGGUAACUUGAUCAAAAUUUAAAAUGGAAUCUUGCUCAUAUUCAAGUUUAAAAAUAAAGAGUCAAUACUAUAUGUUUUAUGAAAACCUCUUAAAUUGGAAUCAUCCUAUCGCAAUACAAAUAUUAAUGUAAACAUUUAGCCUAGGUUUUAUAAAGAGAUUGGAUUAGUCAUUCUAUAAUCUGA